CUCUGCCCAUUUAGACUAUUGAUAAUACCCCUAGAUCAUGGAUUGUCUGGCCUACCUUGACUAGAACUUACAGUAGACAGAAUCAAAAUGAAUAAACAUGAAAAGAUUAAACCAGCCCCUCGGCGUCAGGACGAAAUCGCGAUUUCUCGAAGAUCAGUUUCCUUCAGUAAGAAUGACGACCAAACUCACCAACACUCCGCAGUGCAAAGCCUUCUUUCCUGCAGUCUUAUAUCGGUGCUCAUGCGGGCAAGUCUCUUUUUCUUGUCUUCAACCCGAAAGCAGUGUGGUGCGAUCAUGUCGUCUUCUUCGUUGGGCGCUUUUCUUGCACUGCGCUUGCCAACUACUGACACGAAAAUCAGGGCAGGAAGCGGCAACACAUGAAUGACCAUGGAAUAGAUCAAAAGAGAGAGAGAUCAUCAAAACGUAUUUCGAGAAUUUGAUAUGCAAUCAAACUUAGCUGGAGUUUGUGGUCUUUCCAUCGUUCGGUUUUUCUUUUUGGACCGCGCGAGUCCCUCGUCGCACCGAUA